CCUGAGACAUCCUUGGAAUCCCUGGCUCUGACAGUAGCGAAUGGCGGCUCCCCUUCCCGUCGUCCUGUCCAUCGCCAUUGUCUUGUCGCCUGACGUGCUAUCACACAUAAUCAGCGUGCUAAGCCUUGUCUUCAUUCUUCAGCCCCCGCCCUCAAAGGAUCCUCCCUCGAGAGCUUCAAGCUAACGUUUAUUCCGAUCAUCUCGCUGCCCUGUUUCAGACACGUUCUCUCCUAUGGCUUUUCUGGUCAUGCUGUUGUUAUCCUUGAGGUUGACUGGCCAGCCGUGGAAACACUUCUCCCCUGCAUUCCCCCAGCCUUUAGUUUCUUCCUCUCAACACCUUCAGCGGUGGGUGGGCCUCGUCAGCGCGGUUUCAAUACUAUUAGCAAGGCGUUUUAGGGUGCGAGCUGCUACAUCGGUUCUCCCACGUUUUGUGCUGCCUACAUGUUUCAGCGAUAUUUUCGCAUGUGGUUAUGUAUGUCCGAGAGUCUCUGCCUGUCUAUCCUAUUACCUGGCCUGGCAUUGUCAGUACACCCUGUGCUUCUACCCUUCUCUGUGUUCAUGUGUGUUAAUUGAACAACCCUCUUCGCGUCUUUGCUGAUUAUCUCCUCAACGACCAGGCCUGCCGUUGUGUCAUUCCUGUAGCCCGACAUCAUGUGGCAAGGCCCGCCGUUGUCCUGCGUAGGUAUCGUGGCACGAGAUCCGCCACAGGUGCCUUCGAGGAGCCCGCGGGCGGGCGGGGCGCGGCCUUCGCCGGGCAGCCCCUCUCUGGGGGGCCUCCGCGGCCGCCGCGGGGGAGCAGGCCUGGGCUGUGCGCUGGGCCGGCGCCCCUGCCCGAGCGGACGGCGUCGAGCGACCCCGUGUGGGACAGACGCGGUCAUCAGCGCCGGCGGCGAUCCCAAGGCUAUGAAGGGCUGGACCGCCAUGCACGAGGAGGUGCCCGGGCUGGCCGAUUGGGUGAUCGCCAGAGGCAUCCACAUGCACGUAGACAAGGUCAAUGAGUGGUGCCGAGAGAUGGGCCCGGCCGACCUGCAGGAGGUGGUCGAGAACGAGGAGGACCUUGCCGAGUACCUGGGCGAGCUGCUGACGCCGGACCAGCGCGACCGCUUCGGCCGGCUGGGCCGGCGGUGAGAGUCGCGGGCGGCGAGCGGCGGGCCCAAGAAGAGCAGUCGCGCGCCGAGGGG